GUCAUCAUGGCGUCCAUGGAAAUGUCAACAGACGCUGCGUAAAACUUAUCUUGCCCGUGGACUUUGUUCUUCAGAGAAGAAAAGUGUAUAAACUGUACUGAUUUGAACGACACACUGACUACCCUACUGAUAUCAAGGAAUGCGGAAGUCCGUUGACAAAUUGGAAACAUGGCACUAGCUACCUAUAAAGAGGAAAAUUUGUGUUGUCCUAUAUGUACGGAGGAGCUGAAGGAACCAAAGAGUUUGCCAUGUUGUCAUGGAUUCUGUAAGGAAUGUCUCCACUCGUAUAUUUUGUCAAAGACACCCGUGCACGAAAAACGUUUAUCAGGAUUUAAAUGUCCUGUUUGUCGUACAUUUACGGCGGCACCCAAUCAGAAGUCCCCGCUCCACCAAUGGGCGAAUGAUUUCCUGACAGAUUUCAGAUUUGUAAGCAUGCUAGAUACACUUCCAGAUGACAUUAGAUCGCCAGACAGUGGCUCAAUAAACUGUACUUGCAACCAGGGGCAUCUUGCCAUGUUCUGUCAAACACAUAUGCAGGAGAUUUGUAAGACUUGUGCCAGCCAUACGCACCGUAGAUGCUUAGUCGUUUCUAAAAACAUGGUAAAAACAGAGUUUGGUAAGGUCCUUAACAAACUUCAUGUUUUGGUGCAGACUUUAGGAAAAGUGAAAAUGGAUCUAGAGAGAAAUGACAAUAAUUUCGAUGUAGCACGUUUCAGACGUUCUGUUGUGAGAAAUCGCCAAAUUAGGAACAACAAAGUCAUAAAUAGUAUUCAGACUACGAUCGACCGAAUCAUGGAUAGUCAUUGCUUAAACCUGGAAAGAAACAAGGCUGAGUGUCAAAUGGCCAUUGAUGAUGCACGCUACCAAAUAAAGAUAGCGAAGUCACUGGGAAGUCAAUCGACAUAUCAGUUACGUACAUCUGUUGAUGUACUCGAGGUUACACUGGCGGAUCUUGAAGAGCGACACCGACGCCUCACGAGGUUACCAAACUCCCUUAACGACAUUAAAACACGAGCGGAGGCCUACAUAUCGUUCGCUGUCUCUCAUUUGAAACCGAUAGAUUCUUCUGUUGAGUUUGAAAAAAAGGGAAGCAAUAUUCCGAACUAUUUCGUUCUACGAUUACGGGAAUCUUUCGAUGCCAAGCUCCCAUCUGAUGCCAGGAAUUGUCUUAUUACUGGAGCAGUCAUACUCACAGACGGGCGGCUUGUGCUUGCAGAUACCAACAACAGUAACAUCAAAUUAUUUUCAUCCAGUUUUGUGUUUGUGAAUUGUAUUAACCUCCUUGCACCUCCCUUUGACGUGGCCGAAACAGAAUGCAACAGUAUAGCCGUAACGUUCGGGAAAAGAAACACUAUCCAUUUCUAUGAGGUCAACGAUAAAGUACCUUAUGAACAUACAUCUGUUUCAACAGACCAGCCUUGUUUUGGUGUCACCUCGGGCAAUGAUUUGCUUUAUGUGUAUUGUGGAAACUCAUGGCUCAAUCCAGCGUGUAUCAAAGUCUACGAUUAUCAACAGACUUUGAUCACAAAGAUUUUCACGGACAUGUUUUCGAAAGGAGAAUACUUGGGAUACUGUCCGGUUUCCGAAUGUUUGUACGUCACUUCAGAAGAACUGUUUACGUCUCAGCAGCUCCAUUGCUACCCCGGCGAUGGCGAUUGCAAGAAGCUACCUGGUUAUACCUGUCGGGAUAUGCUGGGUUGGACAACUGGCUUUAUCAAAGGAAUGGUCGGCAUUAGGUCUGGCAUCAUAAUGGUUAUUCGAAAUACUCGGAAAUCUUUAGGGUCGUUGUUGUCGAGGUCAGUUAUUGUUUUUGGAGAAGACAGAUUUAUUCCCAAUGCUCGGCUUCACACACAACUUCUCUUGGGAGCAGACGAUGCACAGUUUGCGCGAAUAGUGGUGUCAAAUAAACAGCGAACAUAUCUCCUCGUAGCCCAGGAAGCUCCGUUUUUCAUGGACAAGAGAAACAACCAGGUGAAAAUCUUCCGCAUUUCCCCUCGUUAGUUGAUUUCACUGGCACGUCUUUUCACUGUCUACGAAAAAUUCGAAAAGUUUGUAAAUGGGUACAUUUAAUGCAUUUCAUUGUCAUAAAGAAGCGUGUAGUUGCAAAGGGUUGUGCGCAAAUCGCCUCAACUGACGCUACGUCAUGCUAAUUCAUUCUUGUGUUAAACUACAAAUAAAUUAAAUAUUACAUGAACGUGA